AUGGAGAGAAUGACACCUAUGGGACCACCUGGCCAUCCUCACCAGGGGGAGACCUCUGCCUGCUGGCAGCUCACCGUGAGGGUCCUGGAGGCGCGGGGCCUGGGCUGGGCUGACCUCUUGAGCGAGGCAGACCCCUAUGUGAUCCUACAGCUGCCAACCGCACCUGGAACAAAGUUUAAGACCAAAACAGUCACCAACUCCAGUCAUCCUGUGUGGAACGAGACCUUCACUUUCCUGAUCCAAAGUCAGGUCAAGAAUGUUCUGGAGCUGAGCAUCUAUGACAAGGAUGCCAUCAAGAAGGAUGACGUCUGCUUCAAGGUUCUCUGUGAUGUCUCUGAAGUCCUCCCUGGCAGGUUGCUCCGGAAGACCUUCUCCCUGCAUCCCCAGGGAACGGAGGAGCUGGACGUGGAGUUCCUGAUGGAGAAAACGUCAGGCUGCCCAGAAAACCUCAUCACCAACAACGUACUUGUGGCCCGAGAACUGUCAUGCCUGGAUGUCCAUCUGGACAGCACGAGGAGCAUAGCCGAGGCUGCAGAUCACGACGAGCUGGAGCUGGAGCUGGUGCUGAAGGGCUCAUAUGAGGACACACAGACAUCUGCCCUGGGAACAGCCUCUGCCUUCCGCUUCCACUACAUGACGGCCCAAGAGGCAGAGCUGAGUGGGUGCCUGAGGACCUCUAAAAGCAAUGGCUGGAACUCAGGCAACUCAGUUGGGGUCCUCACUGUGCCCCUGAGGUCCUUGGCCAUGGGGAAGGAGGAGACAGUUGAAGUUCCUGCUACAAAUGCCCCAGGAGUGAAGCUGCAGCUCAAGGCUGAGAGCUGCCCGAAGGAGUUGGCUGUGCAUCUGGGCUUCGAUUUGUGUGCGGAGGAGAAAGUCUUCCUGAGCAGGAGGAAGCAGGUGGUGGCCAAGGCCCUGAAGCAGGCCUUGCAGCUGGACAGAGACCUACAGGAAGAUGAGGUCCCUGUCGUGGGCAUCAUGGCCACAGGAGGAGGUGCCCGGGCCAUGACCUCUCUCUAUGGCCACCUGUUGGCCCUGCAGAAGCUGGGCCUUCUGGACUGUGUGACCUACUUCAGCGGCAUCUCGGGCUCUACAUGGACAAUGGCCCAUCUGUAUGGGGACCCUGAGUGGUCGCAGAGGGACCUGAAGGAACCCAUCGGACACGCCCGGGAGCACCUGGCCAAGAGCAAGCUAGAGGCCUUCUCUCCUGAACGCCUGGCGAGCUACUAUCGGGAGCUGGAGCAACGGGCUGAGCAGGGCCACCCCACGACCUCUGUGGACCUGUGGGGUCUGGUGCUGGAGUUCGUGCUGCACGGACAGGUGAUGGAUCAGAAGCUGUCAGGACAGAGAGCUGCGCUGGAGCAGGGCCAGAACCCUCUGCCCCUCUACUUGAGCCUCAAUGUCAAAGAGAACAAUCUGCAGACCCUGGACUUCAAGGAGUGGGUCGAGUUCUCCCCCUAUGAGGUCGGGUUCCUGAAGUACGGCGCCUUCAUCCCCUCUGAGCUCUUCGGCUCGGAGUUCUUCAUGGGGCGGCUGAUGAGGAGGAUCCCUGAGUCCCGAAUCUGCUUCCUGGAAGGUAUCUGGAGCAACAUUUUCUCCCUGAACUUGCUGGACGCCUGGUAUGACCUCACCAGCUCCAGUGACGACUGGAAGCAGCACAUCAAGGACAAGAUCAGGAACCUGGAGGAAUCCCCUCCCUCCUCGGGGACCUCCUCAGGGCCAGAGGCCUUGUGGCUCCAGCCUGGAACAGCACUGGCCCAGAUGUUGAAGGGCUUCCUGACGAGCAGACCACUCUACCAGCACACCUCCAACUUCCUCCAGGGCCUGCAGCUGCACCAGGACUACUGUGCCCAGAAGGACUUCUCCACCUGGGCAGACUGCCAGGUAGACUCCUCCGCCGGCCAGCUGACCCCGCAGGAGCCCCAGCUCUGCUUGGUGGAUGCCGGCUACUUCCUCAACACCAGCUGUCCCUCCAUGUUCCGGCCAGGCCGCAGGCUGGACCUCAUACUAUCCUUUGACUACUCUGUAUCCUCGCCCUUUGAGGUGCUGCAGCAGACGGAGCUAGACUUGCGGGGCCGGGGGCUGCCGUUCCCCCGUGUGGAGCCCAGUCCUCAGGACCAAUGCCAGCCCCAGGAGUGCCACCUCUUCUCAGACCCUACCUGCCCUGAUGCCCCUGUCCUGCUUCACUUCCCGCUGGUAAACGCCUCCUUCAAGGACCACUCAGCCCCAGGUGUCCAGCGCAGCCCCGCAGAGCUCCCGGCUGGCCAGGUGGAUCUCAUGGGGGUCACCUCCCCCUAUUCCAUGUUCAACAUGACCUACAAGGAGGAAGACUUUGACCGCCUGCUGCAGCUCAGUGACUACAACGUACGGAACAGCCAGGGCACCAUCCUGCAGGCUUUGAGGACCUCUCUGAGCCACCGGGUCCCAGGGGCCAGGCCUCCAGGGCCGCAGACUUGA